ACCAGUCACAGAGCUACAGCCCAGCCACGGGCUACAGGGCUCAGCUUUUCUUAAAUUAAUCAAAGUAGAAAAUAAAGGUUUUAACCCCACUAACUGGAUAAUACAGCUCUCUACACUUCAUCUUUCAGCCCAACCAGAUAACAGCAGCAGUUUAGAGCAGCCGUCACGGAGUCACGGAGUCACAUUAUAAACAGGUCAGUUAGCGCGCUGCUAACCUCAUGAUGUUUAUAACUACGGAGUUCAAUGGACACACCACGGCUGCAAGAGAACAGCAUCUCUGGUGUUCAGCUGAAGCUCCUCUACGAUGGAGUCUCAUCUCUCCACAUCUGGAGGAGAACCCCCUGUCCCAUAACUGCAGAAACCCACAGCCGAACCUCCAGAACCCAGCUUAUGCGUCUAUGAAGAGUAACAACUCAGUGAUUCAACCUUUCACCUUCAGUAAUAAAGGAGAACCUCCAGAACCCAGCUAUGUGUCUAUGAAGAGUAACAACUCAAUUAUUCAACCUCUUACCUUCAGUAAUAAAGGAGAACCUCCAGCAUCCAGUGGGAGGAGUGGUCUUGUCCAGGAUCAGUCCAGGUGUGGAGUGUGGGAACAGAACUGCUCUGUCAGAAGACUUUAUUUGUCCCUGCUGCAGAAAGAGAUCUACAACACUUCCUGUUUUACAUCCAGACAUAGAGGAGUCUAUAAAUCAGGAUUCCUAUCAACUAGUGGAUGAUGUUCUGCAGAGUGUCUUACAGAAACAUAAAACCAGCAUGAAGAACAGAUACAAGAGCUUAUAAGAGGGAAUCAAAACACCAGAGAAUAGAACCCUCCUGAACAGUAUUUACACUCAGCUCUACAUCAUAGAGGGAGAGAGUGAAGUAGUGAAUAAAGAACAUGAGGUUCUACAGAUGGAGAAAAAAUCCAGCAGAUACUUACAGGACACUCCAAUCAACUGCUCAGAUAUCUUUAAACCUGUAGAAGAUCCUAAAGGAGAACCUGAAAAUGAGAACAUGGCGGAUAGUGGUCUCAGAUAGAUCAAAAGACAAGAAGAUGAAAGACUAAAGAAGAUCAGAACUGUUCUGACUAAAGGAAUUGCUGGAAUUGGGAAAACUGUCUCUGUGCAGAAGUUAAUUCUGGACUGGGCUGAAGGAAAAGCCAAUCAGGAUGUAGAUUUCAUGUUUGUGUUCCCACUCCGAGAGCUGAACCUGAUUAAAGAAGAUCAGUACAGUCUUCAUACACUUCUGUGUGCUUUCAACCCUGAUCUCAAAUAUCUGGUCCCUAAGAUCUACGAUACAUGCAGAGUUGUGUUCAUCCUUGAUGGACUGGAUGAAAGCAGAAUUCCACUGAACUUUGUGGAGUGUGAGAAAGUGUCUGACAUAACCAUGACAUCAUCAGUUGAUGUGUUGAUUACAAACCUUCUUAAAGGAGAGCUGCUGCCCUUUGCUCACAUCUGGAUCAUCUCCCGUCCAGCAGCAGCCAAUCAGAUUCCUUCUUGAUACAUCAGCCGUGUGACAGAAAUUCAGGGGUUUAAUGAUCCACAGAAGGAGGAGUACUUCAGGAAGAAGAUCAGUGACCAAGACCAAGCCCAGAAAAUCAUGUCCCACAUUAAGACAGCGAGGAGCCUCCGCAUCAUGUGCCACAUUACCAUCUUCUGCUGGAUCUCAGCCACUGUGCUUCAGCAAAUCCUGACACAGAGUGAUACAGAAAUCCCUAAAACUCUGACUGAAAUGUACUGCCACUUCCUGAUCACUCAGACCAGCAUAAAUAAUGAGAAGUAUGGGGAAAGCUAUGAUAGGGAUCCAGAGAAACUGCUGGAAUCCAACAGAACUGUGCUUCUGAAACUGGCUAAACUGGCUUUUAAACAGCUGAUGAUGUGGAACGUGAUGUUCUAUGAAGGGGACCUGAGAGAGAGAGCGGUAUUGAUCUCACAGAGGCCUCAGUGUAUUCUGGGAUCUGCACUGAGAUUUUUAGGGAGGAAUGUGUGCUUUAUCAGAGGAAGGUCUACAGCUUUGUUCAUCUGAGCUUUCAGGAGUUCCAGGCUGCUCUCUAUGUGUUUCACUGCUACUUGAUCAAGAACAAUAAGGCACUGGAAGUUUUUAAUCCUUGGUUCAUUAGGUGGACUGAAAAUGUUCCACUGGAUAAGCUCCUGUGUGUAGCAGUGGAUAAAGUCUUAAAGAGCCAGAAUGGACACCUGGAUCUGUUCCUCCGUUUCCUGCUGGGCAUCUCACUGGAGUCCGGUCAGAAGAUCCUACAGGGGCUCCUGAUCCACACAGAGAGCAGCUCAGAGAGCAUCAACAGAACAGUGCAGCACAUCAAAGAAUCAAUGGAAAAUGAAUAUCUUCCUAAUGACAGAUCUGUUAACCUGUCCCUCUGUCUGACUGAAGUAAAAGACCAGCAUUUAUCCAGAAAGAUUCAGGAGUUCCUAAAAUCAUAGAAACGCUCAGAAAAUAAACUGUAUAUAGCAGAGUGUUCAGCUCUGUGCUACAUGCUGCAGAUCUCAGAGGAGGUGCUGGAUGAGUUAGACCUGAAGAAACACUGCACAUCAGAGAACAUUUAAAUGAAACUGCUUCCAGCUGUGAACAACUGCAGAAAGGCUCUAUCGAUGUCCACCCCAUUCAACAGAAUGCACAGCAAAAGGAACCAAAAGUUCAGAGAGCAGAAGCCUGAGGACCUCGGACCGCCUUCGACAAAUCGCACCCUGCCAUAGGAAAUGAAUGGUGGCCUGUCGCGUUGUCGCUUUCCAGUGUGAAUGAAGGGGCACACGCACGCAGAAACAUACAGGACGUAUGUGGAGUGGGACAUCCCGUCAGACAACAGUAGAAUAAAGAGACUAGCUGACUGUAAUCUCACAGUGAAACACUGUGAAACUCAAUGCUCUGCUCUGAAAUCAGAAAACUCCUCCCUGAUAGAGCUGGACCUCAGUAACAAUGACCUGCAGGAUUCAGGAGUGGAGCUGCUCUCUGCUGGACUGAAGAGUUUACACUGUAAACUGCAGAAACCCAGGGUGGAAAAUAGAGGGAAAAUCAGAAUCAAACCAGGACUAAAGAAAUACGGCUGUGAUUUGACACUGGAUCCAAACACAGCACACCCUCGUCUCUCUCUGAGUGAGAAGAACAGGAUGGCGGUGAGGAGAGAGGAGCUGGAGUCAUAUCCUGAUCAUCCAGAGGGGUUUAAUGUGUAUCUGCAGGUUCUGAGUAGAGAGAGUUUUACUGGGCGCUGUUACUGGGAGGCUGAGUGGAGUGGGAGGGGAGGAGCUAAAUUAGUUCUGAGUUAUAAAACCAUCCGCAGGAAAGGAGUGAGUUUUGACCGUCAGUUUGGAUGGAAUAGAAACUCCAUGAGUCUGUUCUGCUCUGAUAAUGAAUACUCUGUUCAUCACAAUCUAAACAUCACUAAACUCCGCCCUCCUCCCUUCGGCUGUAGGAGAGUAGGAGUGUAUGUGGACUGUCCCUCCGGCAUUCUGUCCUUCUACAGCGUCUCCUCUGAUACACACACACACACACUCACACACAUUCUACACCACAUUCACUCAGCCCCUCUAUGCAGGAUUUGCUGUUUAUGAUGACUCCUCAGUGUCUGUGUGUGACAUAGAUUAACCUUUCCGGUGUGUGUGUGUGAGUGUGUGUGAGUGAAUGUUUGUGUAAGUGUAAGUAUGAGUAAGUAUGUGAUUGUGAGGGUGAGUGAAUGUGAUAGUGUGUAUGAGUGUAUGGGUGUGUGAGUGGUGAAGGGUGUGAUUGGAGAUAACCACACCUUCACACUCUUAUUCUUAAAUGUUUUAUACAUUUAUAUAUACAGUUAUUAUUUUUACUGUUCACAUUAUAAUUCACUUAAUAACCUUAUGAUCUCUGCUCUCUUUUUAACUGUCACUAUGACAAGGCUUUGGAGGUUGUUUUUACUUUUUCAGGAAUCAGGAAGGUCAGAGUGUUUUCAUCAACAAUGAGAGCUGUGAGGAGAACGUGACCCUGAGUGGCAGAGAAGCUUCACUGCUUUUCUGCUGUUCUGGGACCAGUGCAUAUGAACUAGGAGACAACAAGCUCUCUGAGUGAAGUGCUGGGAACCUCUCCUCAGAUAGCCAGCGCAUGCCUGUUCUACACGGCGUAAAGUCGCACACAGGCCAGAAGAUCUUUCCAUCCACUCUUUUCCUCCGUUUCAUCUUCUCACAGACUUUAGGACACUUAAGGACUGUCUGCUGUUUUCAUGAAGGACACAGCGCUGAACAACAUCAUGAUAAGAACAGACAGGCUGGAGCGGAUCACGUCAUUAAAACUGGACAACAUGCUGUUAACUGGACUUUGCUGACGUAAUCAUAUUGAUAAGUUCUGUUCAAUCACGUCAUUUGCAUAAAUGUAUAACUGCUUGGAUGAAGUCUGAGGAGUUCUCUCUGUCCCUCGACUGGCUUUAGUUUCUUUCUCUUUCUUUCUCUCUCUCUCUCUCUCUCUCUCUCUCUCUCUCUCUCUCUCUUUCUCUCUCUUUCUCUCUCUCUCUCUCUCUUUCUCUUUCUCUCUCUUUCUCUCUCUCUCUGGGUUGCGAAUGUGUUGAUCUAUCAAGAUUGUAUUCGUUGAUGUACUUUUACUCUUUUCUAAUAUAUAUCUAUUUUUUUUUGUUCCUUUUAUAUAUCUGUAAUGCUGAAACUAUUUUUCAAGUAAACUUUAAUAUAUUUUAAAUUCUAA